GUGUGUGUGUUUAUUUUUGGCUCAGUGCGAGCGUGUCGAUGGCUGCCGAUGCGUCGCAAAGGAAAGCUCUGAGAUACCAGCAGACCCUGCUGUAUGGGGAAUACAGGGAGCAGCUGGGUAAUAUUGCCAGAAGGGAGGCCACACGUCUGUUGACUGAAAGGCAAUGGAAGAGACAUGCCGGCAAUGCCAAGGUAACAAGGAGAAGCCAUGGCCGAGCACAUCAUGUCAGCCUGGAGGCGGGGCCCAUGACUUCAGGUUUAAGCCACUCCUCCUCUAUAAAGAAGCCCCGCCCCUAUUCCAAAUGCCAAGACUACCUGGCCCGAUUCCAGAGGUAUAUUGUGACAAAGCUGGGGGAGGACUGGAUCUUCCUGGUUCUUUUAGGUCUCACCAUGGCUCUGGUUAGCUGGAGCAUGGACUAUGCCAGUGCCAAGAGCCUACAAGCAUAUAAGUGGAUGUAUGGAGAGCUUAAAGGGAAUGUGGCUUUGCAAUAUCUGGCCUGGGUCUCAUAUCCCAUCAUCCUUGUUGUGUUUGCAUCCCUCUUCUGUCACCUGGUCGCCCCACAAGCAAUAGGCUCUGGGAUCCCUGAACUCAAGACUAUUCUGAGAGGUGUUGUGUUAAAGGAGUAUCUCACACUCAAAGCUUUUGUGGCUAAAGUUAUUGGUCUUACAGCGGGUCUGGGCAGUGGCAUGCCCAUCGGAAAGGAGGGUCCUUUUGUGCAUAUUGCCAGUAUAUGUGCGGCAGUGCUGAGCAGGGUCAUGUCCAUCUUCACCGGUGUGUAUGAGAACCCCUAUAGUUACACAGACAUACUGACAGUAGGAUGUGCUGUUGGGGUGGGCUGCUGUUUUGGGACUCCCCUUGGAGGUGUGCUGUUCAGUAUUGAGGUCACGUCAACAUAUUUUGCAGUGAGGAAUUACUGGAGAGGAUAUUUUGCUGCUACGUUCAGUGCCUUCAUAUUCAGAGUACUGUCAGUGUGGAACAAAGAUUCUGUCACUAUAACAGCGCUGUUCCGUACAAACUUCCGUAUGGAUUUCCCCUUUGACCUGCAAGAACUGCCUGCUUUCGCAAUCAUCGGGAUAUCAUGUGGGUUUCUAGGAGCGUUCUUUGUGUAUCUGAACAGACAGGUCGUUCUGAUCAUGAGGAGACCGACAGCUCUCACACGCUUCCUUACAAAACAUCGGUUGAUUUAUCCUGGUGCCGUGACACUAAUUAUAGCCUCCAUCACGUUUCCUCCAGGCUUCGGACAGUUUAUGGCUGGAGAGUUGAUGCCCAGAGAAUGCAUUAAUUCACUGUUUGAUAACUUUACCUGGACGAAGAUCUGGGGUUCCCCGGCCCCACCUGGACUGGGCCGCUCUGCCAUCUGGCUCCAUCCAGAAGUCAGCGUUUUCGUCAUCCUCCUCUGCUUCUUCAUCAUGAAGUUCUGGAUGUCUGCGGUCUCUACAACAAUGCCUGUCCCUUCUGGAGCUUUCAUGCCUGUUUUUAUCCUGGGAGCAGCAUUUGGCCGUUUGGUGGGAGAGAUCAUGGCCACACUCUUCCCGAAUGGAAUUCUGUUUGAUGGGAUUGUGUAUCAAAUCCUGCCUGGAGGCUACGCAGUGAUCGGUGCAGCAGCUAUGACCGGGGCAGUCACACACACGGUUUCCACAGCAGUGAUCUGUUUUGAGCUGACGGGGCAGAUCGCACACAUCCUGCCCAUGAUGGUCGCCGUGAUUCUCGCCAACAUGGUGGCUCAGGGUCUCCAGCCUUCUCUUUAUGACUCCAUCAUCCAGGUCAAGAAACUGCCCUAUCUCCCUGAGCUUGGCAUUGGCCACAUCAGUAAAUAUAAUAUCUUUGUGGAAGACAUCAUGGUGAAGAAAAUAAAGUUUCUGUCACCUCAGUCCACAUACAGAGAGCUGAAAAAUCUACUGGAAUCCACUUCCCUCAAAACCAUCCCACUUGUUGACUCCAAAGAGUCAAUGAUUCUAUUGGGCUCCAUUGAGAGAUGUGAGCUUCAGGCCUCCUUUGAUUGGUGGCUCUCAGCAGAGAGGCGGGUUUACAACCAGGGUGAGGGUGUGCCCAGCCCAGGGUCACAGGUCAGCUGGGAGUCCUUUGCCUUUGUGGAUGAAGAGGUUGGAGAGGAUAAUGGGGAGAAGGAAAACACAGUCUCUGAAGAGUGUAACGGCCCACUGGGGUCUUCUAAAACCACAGACAUAUCCACUAAUCAUACCACAUCUGGUACCCUACAGUCAAUGCGGAGGACCCUUCGUCGCCUUUUCUCAUCCUCUUCCUCAUCAGGGCAGGCCGAGCCACAGAGCUCUGAAGCCCCCCCUGUAGCUGAUAACAUGAACCCUGAAGAGAUCAAAGCCUGGGAAGAGGAUGAGCUGGAUAAGCCGAUUGACAUUGAUCAGAUCCGCGUUGACCCCUCACCUUUUCAGCUGGUGGAGAGAACAUCUUUACAUAAGACUCACACAUUGUUCUCUCUUCUGGGUCUCAGUCAUGCUUAUGUAACCAGUAUUGGUAAACUGGUUGGGGUGGUUGCAUUAAAAGAGCUCCAGAAAGCAAUUGAGGGUUCGACCCGUAGUGGAGUGCGUCUGCGUCCCCCUCUGGCUAGUUUCAGAGAUGCGAGACGCAAGGCCAAAAAGCCAGCCCAUUCCCCUUCCAUCCCAUCCUCUCCCACACGGGACAGAGAGUUGUGGAGUGAGGGCGUGACUACAAGAGAAACUAAAGACGAGUCAAGUGGAAGUAGUCUCCAGACAGCUGGGAAAGAGCAUAAUAUCACCAUGGGCAACAACAGCAGAAGCAGCAUCAGUACAUCUCAGGAGCAAUUGCCAUCACCUUCCACUCCCACGAUCCCUCUCACUUCUCUUCAUUCCGUGUCUAAAGUAGAGUCGAAUGGUGAUAGAGAAAGCGACGAGGAGCCUUUAUAGGCCUGUUGUUUAUAAUUUUUCUCAAAUUUAGCCCUCCAGGGGAGUCAAAACACAUUAUAGUGCCGCCUUUGAGCAGAGCAUGACUGUAGCAGGUCACCGGAGCUGCACCAAUGGACACGCUGGUGUUGGGGAGUUUUAAAAGGGAUUCUCUACUCUACAGACAGAACGUUCUAUUUCUUUUGAGAUGUUCUUACUCAGUUAUAGCCUUUAUAUAUAUAUAUUUAUAAUAUAUUUUAUAUAUGGGCAGUCUGUCUGAUACAUCUCACUGUAUGCCUUCCCCCACUAUGGAUCCCAAUGUUUGAAUGCUGUACUUGGUAUUCCCUGACAUAUACUCUAGAAAGUGAAAAUGUAGAGUUGUUAUAGGAAUAGAUCAUCCAAAAAAUUUAAUUCUGUCAUUGUUUACUCUCAUGUCAUUCCAAGCCUGUUAUUUGUUCUGUGGAACACAAAAUGAGAAAUUAGAAAGUUCAGAAGAUUCCAAAUACAUUGAAAAGACAUGAGGAUGAAAAACAAAUGACAUAAUUUACAUUUUUGGGGAAAGUAUUGCUUUCCAUCUAUCUGACCCUUUAAAAUGACUUUUGGUGGUGUAACCUAGUGUCAUGUUUAUUCAGUCAUAUUCAAAAAUAUUUUUGACUUGAAUGAGAUGAUUUAAUUUUAGAUGUUUCCACAUGAAGCACAAUUUUUAGUCUAUCUGACAAAAUAAUUUUUUUACAUGGUAGAGAAACAAGUGCUUUUUGUAAAAUGUAAUCACUAAACAUUCAUUUUAAAGUUGAUUUUCCAAAUUGUUUACUACAUAAUUUAAGCUACAAAGUCAUUAUCAUUAAAUCUUCAUUUCAUAACUACUGAUGAAUAUCAGAUUAAUUUUUAUUUAUACUUGUGUUGUUUUAAUGGUCUCAUUAGCAUGCAGACAUUUUAUCCA